ACAACGUCUGGUUUUCAUAAGAGCAUCUCCCUCCAGUAGGGCUGAGGCAUGGGCGGGGUUUGAUCGAACUAAAAUAAACACCGACAUGCAGCAUCUGCUAUGUGCAGCCUCAGAAGGACAGACUAAUAGUUAAGACGACAGCUUAUUCACCAAAACCUCCACCAAGAUGAUCAAAUCCUUCAAGCAAACAUUUCUGUCCCUGGACCUGCAGUCCCCUCGGUGGAACCCAGCAGAGACAACGGCAAAGGAUUAUGAACUGCGCCAGUAUGAAACAGCUAAAUGGGUCAGCACUGUCAUCAGAGGAGAGACCCAGAAAGAAGCAUUGCGCCAGGGCUUCUGGAAACUCUUCCACUACAUCCAAGGGAAGAACGAGAAAGAGAUGAAGAUUGAUAUGACUGUGCCAGUGACAUGUCUGGUAAAGCGUGGCUGUGCAGACUUCAAGGUCUCUUUCUUUGUGCCAUUUGAACAUCAGGACUCGCCCCCCCAGCCCACAGACACAGAUGUGUUCAUCGAGGAGCGGAAGGCAGCAGCCGUCUUUGUCCGGUCCUUCAGUGGAUUUGCCUCAACAGAGAAAUAUGCUGAGGAAGCUGAAGUCUUGGCCAAAAUCUUAAGAAACAGAGGCCAAGCAUUCCAUGAAGAUUUCUUCUACACUGCAGGCUAUGACAGUCCCUUCAAACUCUUCAACAGGCACAAUGAAGUGUGGUAUUUUAAGAAGUAAUGCAGGGGGAACAAUACUAAGAGGCUACUAACCAGUUCUGAAUGAAAACAGGCCUUAUUAAUGGCUUUUGCUUUAGUGCAGAAGAAACUUAAUUUGCACAUGAACACAGGAACAUCUCUAAUUCAUUUUAUCUAGGAUGAAAAACUGUUCUGCCUAAGACUUCAAUUCUCCUACAUAGAUGUAAUUGAAGUUUAAGUAGCUCACACAAGCUGAGUUGUGAGGGAGAUGAAACUUAAUUUUGUUCCUCAUACUAGAAAACUCUUGGUAACACUAAUUAUCUGAAAACAUUCCUGCACCAAGUUUUUUAUGUCUGAUUUUACUUAUUAGAAUUGCCACAGUAAUAGUUCAAGUGGCAGAAGAAAGAAACCUGGCACUAAUUAGCUUUGGGAAAAAGUCAUUCCUUAGCAGGCCCCAGUGCCACCUAAGUGCCUGUAUUUCAUAGGAUUAUCAAAAUCUCCCUCCUCUGCUUAUAGCUUUCUGUCUCAUGGAGGCUGGAUGCUAUCCCUCCUCCAGAAUAAUACUCAAUGCAGUGGAAGCAUGUCAGAAUACAAGCUAUUCUGUGAAAGUCUAUUGUUGCUCCAUUAUAGACUGUUUCCAUGCUGCUUCCAUAGUGGGUGUUUUUGAGCAGUAUUUUAUCUUUUGGAAUUACCUGACUAAAAAGCUCUUAGAAGUUGCAUCAGCCACUAUGGGUCUUGGAAUGAGCUAGUAUCAGCACUUCAGCAGGCUUCAGUCUCAACAACAGCAAAGCCCUCCAGGUAGUUGCAGUUCAAUGAAGCACCAGGUUUUUUGAAAUCUGAACUGCUGAAAUUAGCAUAAUUAAGUCAUGUACUACCAGACAUACCAGUUUAGAACCAAAUAUGCAAAUCAUGUUUAGCUCCCACCUAUAACACACUAAUUGUACAGUGCUCAUGUUAACUUCAGUCUGCUCUAACACUGGCAAUAGCUGCACACCCUCUACACUAAAGGACACUUGCAGGACUAGCAUUACCUAAAACUAGUUUGGUCCCUGCCCUUAAGUCAAGCAUUUGAAGCUUUUACAAAAUAGCCUAGAGCUAGUUUACAGCAAGCUCUUUAAGUCAGAAAGCAGUUCACAACAACAGGCAGAGUUUACAAAAUUUUAUUGGUUCCAAUCGGUGUAUGAGGCAAAUGUUGCCAUUGCAAAGUCUUGGCUUUCUAAUGCUGUUCUUGCAAGUGUAAGCCAUUAUUCUGGAAUCUUCCACCUAUUAAGUACAGCAUAAGAACUGUGAUAAGGCACCAAACCAGCACAAGAAGCUGACUGGAACAGCUCAGACCUUAGAUUUUCAUCUCUGUUCAGUGAGAGAGUUCAAGCUAAGGUUGUAAUCAUCAUUUGUUCCAGCAACUAAGUUUUAUUACUACAGUUACACUCACCUUUCUCAUGUUAGUUUCAAAGUUGCCUCCUCACCUAAAGAAAGAAAACGCAGUUAACAAGCAGUGGCCCAACUAUUAGAAGUUCCUCUCAGCAGUUGUGUAGCCUCAGAAAGAAUGGAACGGAAGUGGUAAUAUCACAGUAACUCAUCUGGCAGAAUCAAGUUUCAUCAGUGGCUACAAGAAUUCCCUAAAUUUAAGGAAGAAUUCGCUGUGUGAUCUUACCCAGUGAGGCAGCAGACAACAGUUCUUUCCUAAGGAAGAGAGAAAAUGGUUUCAGAAUAAGGUAUCACUAUAUGCAACUUUACAUACAAAUUAAUCUUAACCCAUAACAAGGCUGCAUUUUGGCCAACUGACAACUUCAACAUGUAACAUUCAAAUAAAAUAUAAAAACUUAAAUCUUAAAUUGGCCAUACAGAACAUCAGAAGAACCACAAAAAAAGGUUGGCUAUACUUAUGAUACUGCCCCUCCCCAGACAGAGAUUCUGUUGGAAUGAGUUAUGAUACCUAAAAUACGAGUGCCAUAAAGGACAGGUUUUUGAGAUGAGCUUAAAUAGGUAACUUACUGUAGGUGAGAAUGGGUCUAGUGGAGAAGUACAGUCUACAACUUCAACUUGAACCGGAAUGUGUACACUUAACAAAACCACAACUGCCACUACUCAAGUGAUUUUUGCCAACUACAGGAUAUCACAUUGUGUUUUUUUCUUUAAAUUCAGGAGUGCUACAGUGUUACACUGUCAGUUCAUAAAACAGCCAGAUGCAUCAGGUAAGAGUUAGGAUAGGAGUUGUAUGGUUGCCACUGUACAGCACUCUGCUGUAUUAUCAACAUUUUACAUGUUUAAGCAGUUUCCACCAAUUCAUUUUUUACUAUUUCUAUUGUGUGAAUACAAAAGAAUAAAAAGUUUUAGUCAUGGAGGCCAGUUUGUAUGAACAAGAGAUGUGAACUCUACAUUAAGUUUGCCAGUGACUAUAGUUUAGGAAUUGUCAGGAUACCAAAGCUGCCAGAAAAACUCCUAUAGAAGUUCAUUCUUGCUCCAUGCACAUCAUUUAUAUUCCCACAAUAGCUGGGAGUGGAAGACUCACAAUAAAAGCAGCAUAACUGAUUAUGUACUGAUGUUAUGUACCUAACAUAAUGGAAAUAUUCCAGAAAUUACUGGACCACCAUGAUCAAUAAAAUGUUCUAUUUUACACUUA